AUGAUUUGCAUAAAAUGCGGGAGGUGCAAUUCCAGUCUGUACACUGUGUACAACAAGACGAACAUAAAGUUGAACGAAUGCAACCGGUGCAGCAACAUAUGCGAUGAAUACAUGGAGAAAAAUACGUUCCUAAUUUUUAUAAAUAUUUUAUUCCUCAAGCCUGAAGUUUAUAGACACAUCAUAUUUAAUCGGCUCAAAUAUCAUGACAAAUUCAUUCACGUUUUUUUUCUCAAAAUGAUUAUUCUCUUUUUAAUAAUAAAUGCUUACUUACACCCCAACUUUGAAAAUGACCAUAGGGAGGGAGGCACCUUCUCAGAUUUCUUCCUUAACAACACCACCUUCGGGGAGAGCACGUUUAGGAAUUAUCCCAAUCAGGACAACUGCUCUUCUUACACUCUUUUUAUGUACAAAUAUGAUGACAAGCACAAACUGUAUGGGUUGCAUAACAUUUUUAACCAGUCGAACGUUCCCAAUUUAGUGAAUAUCCACAAGAACAAGUUUUUGACUUGCAUUUUUCACAACCGAUUUAGGGACCACAAUGUGUGCAUCCUGAACCGGAAGUACGAACACACGGAGGAUUACGACAAGCGGCUGAUUGAUUUGUUCCUGCACAACAAGAACUACGGGGGGAAGGACGUGCAGGCGAGCAAAUGGAAGGGGCAGCUUAGUGAGGGGCCUACACCUCCUGGUGAAAAGUCCACUUCGGAGAGCCCCAACUGGACAAACCUGCACCCAUUUGUGGACGCCAAAAAACGGUUACUAAAACUAAUACAGCGAAGCGUAAAGUACGAAUCGAUUUUCAAGCUCAGAAAAAACCAUCAACUACUCAGGAAUGACAUUGUUACGCUGAAAAACUCGGAAGAACGCAACAGCCUCUUCCAAAUUAUAAACGUGCUUGUGUUUUACCACAUUGAUGAGUACAAACUUGUGCUAGAGACGAGGGAGAAGGAAGCAUACAACAUACAUUACUUUUUCAAUUUUUUGCGCAACAUAUUUUUUUACCAAAAGGGGCGUGAAAGGAAGAAUUACUUCAAAAGUGAGUCAAACGCAUUUGUAAGGAAAUUCUCGACAAACGGUGUUUGUCCAGACGUGAGGGAAGAAUUUUUUUCCCCCCAAAAAUGCUACGAUUGUGACCUGCAUGAUGAUCCUUUUGGAAAUUUACAAAGCAGCUCGGCCGACCAACUUAACAGCCUGUGCAGAAAUAUUUUCAAAAACAUCGAUUUUACCUUUCACAAAAAUGUGGACGAAAUAACAAAAAAGCAAAAUCAGAAAAAAAACAAAUUUAAAAUUAAACAAAUCAGCAUGUAUUCCAAACUUUUAUUUUCCGACUUGGACAAUGAGAAAUAUAUUUUGAAAAUAUGUAACUCUUCUUUUUCGUUUAAAAAAUUAAAAUCCGUGACCAUAAAUUAUAUGGUCUACUUCCUCCUUUUGUGCAUUUUUACAUAUAUCCUUAAGUUAUAUCAGGAGAAAAAGUACAGAAUUAAGAUAACCAUGGUGAAAUACAAUUACCUCUUUAUGCUAUUCGUGCUGAGUAAUUACCCCCUCGUAAUUUAUUUCAUCCUCAAGGUGUUCAAUUACAACUACAUAAAUAUAUACCUCAAUGUGUACACCAUUAUUUGCAACACAAUCGCUUAUCAUAUUUUUAUUUCCAAUGACGGGAAUUAUAUUUGCUAUUCCAUAUUUUCCGUGCUGGCCAGUUACCUGCUGAAGAAUUUCCUCAUGGUUAAAAUAGGGAAUUACCUAUAA